UUGUACUUCUAAACUGCAAGUGCUUGGAAGUUUCAGACUUUGCAUGGCUAAGCGUUUAUUUAGCAUUUAAUGUUUAUAUAUUUAUACUCGGUUAAUUUGAGCUAACAAUAUAAGUUUUGUGAUAUCUGCGUAUAUUUAUAUAAAAAAAGAAUGCACAUUAGCUAACUCUACGAGUAACUCUAGAAGAAGGCAGAGCUGCGCAUUGUGCUGUGAGAAUGCAGUGUGUGUUGCUGAGUGCAGACGGAACCCGGGUCGAGCUGCCCGACGGUCGGGCUCAGAUUUUGGGUCGCGGUCCUGAGUCUGGAGUGAAGGAUAAAAAGUGUUCGAGACAGCAAGUGAAGCUUGUAGCUGAUUACGCCAACCAAGAGGUUCUCGUGACUCAGCUUGGUCCAAACCCAUCUUCUGUGGAUGGGCAGGAUUUGGGUCGUGGCGAGUCUGGACACCUGAGCACAAACGGCACGCUCUGCCUUGUGAACCAGAGUUACCCAUUCACUGUGCAGUUCUCUGGCUCAGCUAACGGAGCUGCUUCAACAUCUUCCUCACACCAGACGAAGGGGAAACGAGCAGACGAUAAAGAAAGCAAGCAGAAAGCUUCGGAUAGUAACAGCAAGAAAGUUCAGCCAAAGCGAAACAUCCAGGAUUUCUUUAUUUCUUCACCUAAAAAGUCAAGAAAAAGAGCCCUCGAUUCUGAAGACAGCGCAACUGAAGCUAAACGCGGGCGCGCUGAGAAACCUGACGAGGAUGAAGAGAUGGUGGAGGAGAAGCUCAGACAGCUGAAGCAACUUGCAGAAGGCACAAGCACACAGCAGUCACCAUCAAAAGCCUCUGCGUCUGCACCGCCCGCCUGCUCGAACAGUCACUGGCAGCAGAUUGGCAAUCUCAUGCUCUACACUGCAGCAGGGGUCACUGCACGUGCCAAGAUUGCAGGGUUUGACAUUGACGGCUGCAUUAUCACUACAAAGUCAGGGAAAGUCUUUCCCACCAGCCCGGAUGACUGGAAGAUCCUUUUCUCAGAGAUAAAGCCCAAACUGACCGGUCUGUUAAAAGAAGGGUUCAAGGUGGUGUUUUUUACCAAUCAAAUGGGAAUCGCUCGAGGCAAGCUCAGACCGGAAGUGUUCAAGUCCAAAGUUGAGGAUAUCCUCCAGACAUUAAAUUUACCUGUACAGGUAUUUGUCGCAGCGGGUCCUGGGAUUUACAGGAAGCCAGUCACAGGAAUGUGGGAACACUUGUGUGAGAAGGCAAAUGAUGGAGUAACUGUGGAUAAAUCACAGUGUGUCUAUGUUGGAGAUGCAGCAGGUCGUCCAGCAAACUGGGCUCCGGGGAAAAAGAAAAAGGACUUCUCCUGUAGUGACAGACUGUUUGCACUUAACAUUGGUGUACAGUUUCAAACUCCAGAGGAAUUCUUCCUGGGAUGGAAAGCUGCUCCCUUCGACAUGCCGGCGUUUGAUCCGAGGGGAUUAGACUCAAAGGCACGUCUUUAUGAUCCACCCAACGCCUCGCUCACUUCUCCCAGCCAGGAAGUCAUUGUUGCUGUCGGAUUCCCUGGAGCUGGCAAAUCCACUUUUUUUCAAUCUCACAUUCUUCCCAAGGGGUAUGUGUAUGUGAACAGGGACACACUGGGGUCAUGGCAGAACUGCGUGUCAGCAUGCGAACGUGCUCUAAAGGAAGGACGAAGCGUAGCCGUGGACAACACCAAUCCUGACCCAGAGUCCCGAAAGCGGUAUGUGGAUGUCAGUAAGAGCGCUGGAGUUCCCUGCCGAUGCUUUAACUUCACUGCUUCCUUCGAACAAGCCAAGCACAAUAACAGGUUCCGAGAGAUGGUUCCUUUAGCCACCAAGCAUGCUUCUGUCAACGACAUGGUCUUCCACAGCUACAAGAAGAAAUUUGUGGCUCCUUCUCUGUCAGAAGGCUUCUCUGAAAUCCUGCAGAUUCACUUCAUUCCCAGUUUUACUGACAGUCGGUCUGAGGGGCUUUUCAGGCAGUUCUCAGAGGGCUGAACCAAGAAUAUGAUGACUGAAUAGAAGUGGAAUCGUAUAUGAAGGCUGAAAAGGAGACUUUCAUUAGCCAAAGAUUCAUUAGCCUUAGUCCCAUUA